AUGGAGAGCCUUUCUCAAAUUGAAUCACUCACCAUUGCAAGUUCCAAGCCCGCUUGCUUGCUGACAAUCUCAGCAUUCAACAACUAUGGAUUUGUGAGUGCGUUUCUAAAGCGGGUUGAAGUUCUACACCCCGAGAUGAGAUACGUCUGGGCUGUGGCAGAUAAUCACAAGCCACUCGGAUGGGCCAGUGGUCCAAACGGGCCAAACGACAAGCGUGAACAGCUGCACCUGCAGCUACUGCGGGAUUUCCCGAGCAGAUGGCAGCUUGCCACUCUCGACCAACUGCAGCCAUACAUGCCAUUUAGCUACGCAGAAAUCGCGUUUCGCUACAACAUGCAGUGCUUCAACACUGCCAUCAAGCCUGCUGCCAUCAAGUUUAUGUUUCAGAAGCUCGGCUGUCACAAGGUGCUCUAUGUCGACAACGAUAUUUGGAUCAUGCAACCGCUUACAGCGGUCAUCGAGGCGUUGGACCGGUACCAAUUUGUUGUGACUCCGCACGUGACACAGCCGGUGCCCCUAGAUGGAUACCAUCAAGACGAACGAACGAUCAUGCUUGCGGGGCAGUUCAAUUUUGGCUUCCUGGCUGCCUCGAAGAGUGGACCUACCUAUGACAUUCUCGACUGGUGGCUCGACCGUUUGCGCUACUAUGGCCAUGCAGCUCCUUGGACAGGGGAGGAUUUCGAUCAGAAAUGGGGGCAAUACAUUGCGUCGUUCCUGCAGCAGGAGGAGUAUCUUGUGCUAAGAGAUCCUCGCUACAACAUUGCAUAUUGGAACCUGCAUUACAGAGGGGCUCAUCUUCGCAUGGAGAACGGCACUGUUUGGUAUGAUUCGCAGCCAGUUGUGUUCAUGCACUUUUCAGGCAUGUCCGACCUGCUGAAGUACAACCUGGAUUACAUCUCUCCUCAUCAAAACCGAUACAGGAUGUCCGACUUUCCUAUCCUCCGCGAGAUCGUCCUGAAGUAUCUAACCAUGUUGAAGGAGGAAAAUGCAACAUUCUGGCGCAAGUUGCCCUAUGGAUUUUCUCGCUUUGACGAUGGGACUCUUAUACCAGACGUCAUCCGCAACUACUUCUCCCAUGUUCUGGAUCCUGGAGAAAGCUAUCGUAACGAUGUGCACUUGUUCAAGGAUCUCGUCGCCUACGACGACCCUUUCGGAACGCAGCCGCGUCAGGAUGGCAAGCUGACAUUGCUGGACUGGAUGUUGCAAGAUGCCCACCACUUGAUCGUCGAGCAGCGGGGCCCGCACAAGGUUUCUGAGCUUGCUUGGCAGAUUUAUCUAGCACGCCCUGAUGUACGAGCCCAGUUUCCGAAUCCUUUUGGAGAACACGGCGAGCAACUUGCCUCUUGGUUCCUUCAGUAUGGAGUGCAGGAAUUCUCCAUCCAGGGCUUGAAGCGCCGGGUACGACAAGGAGCGCACAAAGCCUCGGAGCCUCUGCAAGGUGGCGUUAACGUCUAUGGCUGGUUCCAUGGCAUCUUUGGGGUCGCCCAGUCCAGCCGCCUUCUGUUGAAGGCACUGAACGCCGUCCAGGCUGACACCACAGCCAUCGCCCUUCCUGCCGAUUCUGAGCAUCACCGGAUGAUCGACCUGAAGACUUCCCGCGCCGCACAGCACCGAAUCAACUUGUUUGUGGCAAACGCUGACAGCACUCCCAUAAUACUGGAGUUGUUCCCGCACUCACAGCGGAGCAUCUAUUACAAUAUUGGAUACUGGGCGUGGGAAUUGGAGAAGUUCCCCAGCGAAUGGAUGGUCCACCUGCGUGUCUUCAACGAGGUCGUGACGAUGAACACUGGCUGUGAGGUUGACUCAGAAGACUACCUUGCAACGAGACCCCGCUUCGAUUUUCCGACCGGCGCACUGGUGUUCCUGGUGAUGUUUGACUUUCAAAGCUCUUUCCACCGGAAAAACCCGUUGGCGACGGUGGAGGCCUUCAAGAAGGCCUUUGGGAGGAGAAGCUCGCGAGACGUCUUGCUCGUGAUCAAGUGCCUUCUGCCCAGUGGGAGCCUUGACUUCAGUCAGGAACUCGAGGAGUUACGGGCCGCUGCCGACGGGAAUAUGCGCAUCAUGACGGAUACACUGACCUUGCAGGAGCAGCGCUCCUUGCUCGCUUCCGUGGAUGUUCUGGUGUCGUUGCACCGCUCGGAAGGCUACGGCCUGGCCUUGCUGGAGAUGCUGAUGUUGGGCAAGCCGGUCAUCGCAACAGCGUACAGCGGGAACAUGGACUUCAUGUCCUGGCUGCCGGAGUCCUUUCGCUUCCUCCUGAUCCCGCACGGAUAUGUGCAAGUCAAUACGUCUAAGCAUUUCCAGCAUAUCUAUACAUCGGACCAAAGGUGGGCUGAUCCAGACGUCAGGCAGGCUGCCAGCGCCAUGAGCAAGUUAGCCGCGGAUCGGGGGCUGCUUGACAAGUGCCGACAGGUGGUUGGGCCACUGUUCCGGGAGCAGUUCGGCUUUCAGAAAGUUGGAAACAGAAUGAAGGCUCGGCUGGAAGCCAUUGAUGCCCAGCUGGUAUCCUCGCCAAGAGGACCAACGGCACCUGCUCGAUGA